AUGCCUCCAGGAAAUCUUAUUAAAAAACUUCAAAAUCAAAAAGAAAUAAGAGAUAAAAAUAAAGCGAAAAGAAUAAAAAAAGAAGAAAAUGGGGGAGAAAAAAAAUCAGAUAUUAUUACAAGAACUAUUGAAAAUACUCGAGAAUUAUGUGAAACGAUGAUAAAUAUGGAGGAUACUGAAGUUUUACAUGAUCAAGAUCAUGAUGAAUUUGCAUCAUAUUUUCAGAGACAAACUACCCCAAAAAUUUUAAUGACUACAAGUAUGCAUGCAAAAACAGAAACUUUUAACCUAAUGAGAGAAUUAGAAAAAGUUAUUCCUAAUGUUGAAGUUCAUUCGCGCAAAUUAGUUCCAAUUAAAAGAAUUGUAGAACAAGCCAUUGAAAAUGAAUUUACAGAUAUUAUCAUUAUACAGGAAGAUCGUAGAAAACCAUCAGGAAUGAUUUUUUGCCAUCUUCCAGAAGGUCCUACUGCUUAUUUUAAAAUUAAUUCAAUUACUGCAUCAAAACAAAUUAAACAUGUUGGACAAAAAACAGAUCAUUAUCCAGAAUUAAUAUUAAAUAAUUUUGAUACAAGAUUAGGAUUUACAAUUGGUAGACUAUUUGCAUCAAUAUUUCCCCAAGAUCCAGAAUAUAAAGGAAGACGUGUAGUAACAUUUCAUAAUCAAAGAGAUUAUAUAUUUUUUAGACAUCAUAGAUAUGAAUUUAAACGUGAUGGUACAAGAGCAGCCUUACAUGAAUUAGGACCUAGGUUGACAUUACGUUUAAAAUGGCUUCAGAAAGGAACAUUUGAUACUAUUGAAGGAGAAUAUGAAUGGGUUUACAAGAGACGUCAACAACAACCUAAUAGAAGAACAUUUGUUUUGUAA